GUUGACUCGGGCAGCCCACCAAGAGCGAAUGCUUCUUCUGUCGCCUUCCAGGUCUCAGGUCGCUGGCCAACGCGGUGCAGAAUGCAUACCUUUGGUGAUGGAGCCACGAAGUGGGUUUUAUUUCGACCCAGUCGUCGUUCUGGAUUUCCAGUCGCUGUACCCUUCAAUUAUAAUCGCCUACAACCUUUGCUUCUCCACCUGCGCGGGUCGCCUGCAGGAUAUCGCUGCCCAAGCCAAAUUGGGGGUGCUGGAGGCUUCACAUGCACCUGUGUCGAGGCUCCAGGACGUCUUUGUGACGCCAAACGAGGCUGUCUUCAUCAAGAGAGAAAAGAAGCCUGGAAUACUGCCUCGAAUGCUGCAUGAGAUUCUGCAGACGCGAAUCAUGGUCAAGAAGGCUUUGAAGGUUUUGCAGAAGGAGCAGAAGGAAGCUGGAGUGGCUACAGAGGCAAGAGCACGACUGCUGGACGCGAGGCAGUUUGGCCUCAAGAUGAUCGCGAACGUCACGUAUGGCUAUACCGGCGCAUCCUUCAGUGGUAGGAUGCCUUUUGUGGAGCUUGCUGAUGCCAUAGUUCAAACUGCCAGGCGCACCUUGGAAAGAGCCGUGCGCUGGGUGGAGGCGGAGGUCUCCGGAGCCGAGGUUCUUUACGGUGACACCGACUCGAUGUUCGUCCGGCUACCUGGGCGAUCCAAGGAAGAAGCUUUCAAGGAAGGAGCAAGGAUAGCCAGAGAGGUGACGAGCCACAACCCGACCCCUGUGGAGCUCCAGAUGGACAAGGUGUACUGGUGCCUUCCUUAG